AUGCAGGGCCUUAAGAGUGGUGACUACUGUGUUACAGUUUUGAUACAAGAUGAGGAGAUGAUUGUCUCGAAUUUGGGAAAUUGUAAAGCUUUUCUGUGUACUCGAGAAGGAGUUGCUAAGGUCCUUACAAGUGAUCAUAAAGCAGAAACAAUUGAAAAUCAGGGAGGUUAUGUUGCUAAAACAAGAAAACUGGAAUUGGAAGAAGAUAUGGAAUUUCUUGUCUUAACUUUUAAUGGUCUUUGGGAUGUGGUUAGUAAUCAAGAAGCUGCUGACACAAUGUUGAAUGUUUUAGCUCAGGAAAAGACUCCUAAAACAUUCAACACUGUGUCAACAGCUUCUUGA